AAAGUUAACGUUAUCAAGAUAUCAACAAGUUACAUUGAUCAUUUCGUUAUUUGUUUUUUGUUUCAUUUUGCUUUACAUCGUUUAAUUGUCUUUAAUCAUUUAAUCAAGUUCGAUAUGUUUCACUGAGAUUUGGAUUCGUGUUUAAUGUUUCCAGUGUAUUCAAGUAUCUCAUCAGAGCACAGUUUAUUGGACAAAAUGUUGGCCGAAAUUGAAUCACCGUUAGACCUCUCCAUGCCCUUUGUAAAGUCACCUAAAGGGUCGACUCUAUCAGCAUCAACUUUACCCUCUACUUCACCUCAUCUCUUGGGUUACAGUCUUCAUGGAAACUCUUUACAGGUUGACAACAAAUUGCCCACCAAUUGGAAUUGUUUAACUCUGGAUUUAUCCAAAUCAACUGCUUCUUCAGUUUCAUCGGUUUCACCGACAUCGGUAUCACCUUCAUCCAUCAUUGUUUCCCAUCCCUUAUCUUCCAAUGUUCAUCAUUCUCACUCUCACCAUCCAGGUUCAUUGUCAUACUCUUCAUCUUCCUCGUCAUCUUCAUCAACCUCAUCUUCACCAGUACCUUUGACUCUCAGCAACUCAAGAACAAGUAAACCUCGAGACAAAAAUAAUACCAUCAAUAUCAACAUUGUUAAAAGACGAGAUGCUCAUGAAAAUAGCAACAUCAAUAAAACUGUUCAUGAAAGUAAUGAAGGUGAUGCCAUCAUGACUGAUUCAAGUGACACUAUUGACAUCAACCACACUGACCAUUCAAAUGAUCAUUCACAACUCUCACCUAUGGCAACACCAUUGACCAUUUUAAAUAAUCUCAAUACACGAAAUAAUAACCAUCAAAGUUAUUCUGAUCAACACAAUUUAACCUUUAAUAGCAACAAUAUGAUGAGAAAACCUCGGGAAAGAGCAAUGUUACCCUGUGAAUAUUGCGGCAAAUCGUUUGAUAGACCAUCACUAUUGCGUCGGCAUCUUCGCACUCAUACAGGUGAAAAGCCUCAUGUUUGUGAUGUUUGUGGUAAAGGAUUUAGCACAUCAUCUUCAUUAAACACUCAUAGACGCAUUCAUUCAGGUGAAAAGCCUCAUCAAUGUCCAAUUUGUGGUAAGCGAUUUACUGCAAGUUCAAAUCUUUAUUACCAUCGGAUGACCCAUAGCAAGGAUAAACCUCAUAAAUGUUCAAUGUGCGGUAAAUCAUUUCCAACUCCAGGCGAUCUUAAGGCUCAUGCAUAUAUUCAUAAUGGACACUGGCCAUUCAAGUGUUCAAUAUGCAAUAGAGGAUUUAGCAAGCAAACCAAUCUUAAAAAUCAUCUUUUCCUUCACACAGGUGAUAAACCUCAUGUUUGCACAAUUUGUGACAAAAGAUUUGCUUUAGCAUGCAAUUUACGUGCUCAUUUAAAGACUCAUCAACAGAAUGGCGUUCCUAUUAAAAGCUGUCAACCUGCCUCAAUCCCAACAUCAUUUUCCUCAUCCCAUUCAUCUUCCUCCUCCUCUCUUUCAUCUUCAUCCUCACCUUUAUCCUCAUCACCAGCAUCCUCAUUAUCAUCAACAGGUUCCUCAGCAUUGUCAUCAUCAUCGUCAACAACAACAACAACAUCACCAUCAUUAUCAUCUUCAGCUUCCUCACUACCAACAACAACAGUAACAGCAACAACGACAACAUCACCUUUAAUUGGAUGUAAUGAUAAUAAUAACGACAAUUUAAACCAUAAUAAUAACAAUUUGUUAUCCGGUGUUGGCCUUUUAAACAAUAUAACUCCACCAAUUAACCUUACAGAUGAAAAAGGAGCCUUUAAUAGUGAAGCUAAUUUACAAUUUUUCUUAAUGGCCGCAUCUAUUUUGGCAAUCAAAUAUCGUCAACAACAAGACAAUCAACAGCAACAAUCAACUUGAACAUCAUUUUGUAAUAAUAUUAUUAUCAUAUAAUCAACAUUUUUUAACCUUUCUCUUAAUCCAUCUUAAUAACAUGUUAUUAAACUACUUUUUUUAACAUCAACAUUUACCUAAACUCUGUACUCGACCAAGUUAAUCACAUUUCUCGUGCAAUAAAAUUUUAAUCAAAUA